AUGAGGAGCACAAUCGCCAGAUCUUGGGCAAGUUUCGAGACGCUUAGCGACGACGACCCGACAACCAGCCCCUUCAACGGAAUUGCCAGUUCCAUAAUUCAAGAUGAGUACGUCCGAUGCCGAAACAUCGCACCGCGAUCCUCCGCAGCGUCCAAUAACUUCAAACUAACAACCGCCACAGCUAAGGGUACCUCGAGCUUCGGAAAGCGCCACAACAAGACGCACACUCUGUGCCGUCGUUGUGGCAAGCGGUCUUUCCACAUCCAGAAGUCGACUUGUGCCAACUGCGGCUACCCUGCUGCCAAGACCCGCAAGUUCAACUGGGGUGAGAAGGCCAAGCGCCGCAAGACCACCGGCUCCGGCCGCAUGCGCUCCCUGCGCGAUGUCCACCGCCGCUUCCUUAACGGCUUCCAGACCGGUACCCCCAAGGGUGCCCGUGGCCCCGUCACCAACUAG